CCGAGGUGUCGUGCGCAUGCGCAAAGCUCGCAUGGCUGGCCUGGCACAGCUGAGCUGAAACGUCUGGAGAGCAUUGUUGCGUCCUCAAAGGAGCGACCACAAUGGUAGACGGCUGUCUGAUUAACAGAGCCAGCUCCUCUCCCAGCUGCUGAUUGGUCAAGGUUUCCUGCGGUCCUGACUCCUCCAAUUUUUUCUCCCUCUCUUUGAAGUUAGGAGCUUAACUAGACCUCAGGGUCAGUAGAAGCCCUAUUAACAGAGCUUGCAGCAGAACGCGCUUAGGCUCCCAAGACAGGAAGAUGGAAAGUUCAGCGACAGAGUCCCGGGCCGAGAGGAUCGCACGAUACAAAGCUGAAAGGAGGCGAGAGCUGGCGGAGCGCUACGGAAACAAGGAGGAGGAGCUUCCAUCUAAGUGGUCAAAGAGAGAGAGAGAAGGCCAUGGCGCACACAACGAUUCCACCUGUUCUGACAGGAGCCAAUCACGUGGAGUUAACAAGGACGUAAGGGCACGUGGCGAAGCCUUGUUUGAGGAAGAGCCUAAACUGUCAAAUGGAUACCACGGAGAUGCUAAACCCGAGAAGGCCAACCUGAACAGGCAGUGCGUGUUGGACUCAUCCAACAUGCUGGCUACGGAAAAACCUCCUGACCCUGACAUGCUGCAGCUUCACACUCGUGUAUCAGUGGGUGAACUGAAACGGGCCCUGUUGCAGCAAUGCUCAAGCUCAGCUGCCUCUGAUAAAGUACCUGAAGGUGGAGGCUUCGAUGCUCUCCCUGACCCAUCACCGAAAGCAGGAUCCGAUGGCAGUCGUCGGCGGACGCGGCGCUACCUGCCAGCGGGGGCUGCCGGGAGCCGUAAAACCAGCGAGCGUUUCCGAACGCAGCCAAUCACUGCCUCCGAGAUGCAGGACAGCUGCGGAAACAUGGACAAUGCAGAGCAAGAAAAGUCAGCGGACGUAAAGACGGACGAGAGAGCCAUGAUGAGCGUUGCUGCCAAGAUGUCCCUGUUUAAAGAGUUGGAAAAGACCGCAGCUCCUGAGGCUUCCUCUUUCCUGAGGCCUCGUUUUAGCGGCAGCUUCAGGGAACCUCGAGUUCGCAGAGCUCCCACUCAACCGAUCAACACUGAGGAAACAAAAGUGACUGACAGCGCUCACGUUGCUGUGCCAGGGGAUGCCCGGACAGAACAGACUGUGGCAGAGGCCGAGCAGGACGACGCCAGCUCCAAGCUUUCCCUGAGUGAGAAACUGGCACUCUUCAAUAAACUCUCUGAGCCAUCCAUGCCUAAAGGUCCAGGAGGUCCUAGAGGGCCUGGUGGGACCAGCGGUUCUGUUGGGGCUUCGGAGAGACGCAGGCAGAAGGGAGCGCGUUACAGCACACAACCCAUCACUGCAGAUGAAGUCAACCUGGUGCACAAAGGCCCUGUCUUGCUUCCUUCUCUAGAUCUGCCUUCUGGCAUCGUUGAGCAGCAACAGGAUCUCUCUGUCAACCUCAAGCCCAGCGAAAUACGUCUGUCCGGUUCACAGUCCAAGCCAACUGAAGAUCCCGAAUCCAAGACUGCUGUGCAGGUCAAGGGCAUCCUGAAGAAGGCCACCACUGAAGACGGUGGCUUUAAGACUAGGGCCAAGUCCAACAGCAUCCCUAAUGGACAGGUGCCAGUACAGAACGGACUGCGCAACGAAAAGAUGACACUAGUUACAGCAGGAGAAUAUUCUCCAGCCCCACGUUCUACUGCCCCUUGGAGGCAAAGAGCAAGGAAGGAUGGCAGUGGUUCCUCUCAGAGAUGUCAGAGGCCCAGCUCCCUGACUGAGGACUGCCUUUUAACACUGAGCACCAAAGACAGGUUGUCUGAAGUUCAGGGAGGCACAGAAGAAGACGAGCAAAGCAAUGGAACGAUGUGCAGCGUGCCACCCAGCAAGGAUGAGAGCAGCAUUGCACACGAGCCUCCAGCUCAGUGUUGGAAGCCUGUCUAUUCCUCUGUUUACUCUCCUCCUAGCACUCCCUCUCAGUACAAGAUGUUUUUUAAUGAGAGAAGUCUGUCAUACGAAGCUCAGGAGGUUCCCUCACCCACUCAAACGCAACCACAGGAACAGCGGAGAGAUAAGGAGAGCUCUGUGAAAUCUGAGGCUCCUGAGCAGAAAGCGGCUGAGACACAAUCAAAGAGUUUUGACGAAACGCAGGAACCCCAGCAGCCCGUUGCCAUGGAGAGAGGCAAAGAGGUCGUGACCUCUGAUGCCCCCUCAUUCCCUGAGUGUCAGAGCAGUUCAGGAGAUGCAGAGCAGGAUCUAAGUACCGUCUGCCUGUUGAACACUCAUAUAUUGAGCUCUGCAGUAGCAGAGCAUCGUCGCUCGGUCCGGCCGUCCCGUCGUACUCAGAGCUCAAGGAAUCCAUUACGUGUUCUCGCAGCCAGAAACGACGUCACGCAUGACCUCAUGCAGGCCCAUGGAGACCCCACAGCCAUGGAAAUCAAUAAAGUUGAAAGGAACCACAGCUCCACUAACACGUCGUCCGCCAAGACUGUUCCAAACACUGUACCCUACAAAAACCUGAUGCUAAUCCUUGUGAAAGGAUGCAGACGAGUACAGGUACGCUUGAUGGAGCCGGUAGCUCGCUCACUGAACAGCGGGGACUGCUUCCUGCUGGUCACUCCAUCUCUGUGCUUCCUCUGGACAGGGCAGCUGUCUAACACCUGCGAGAGGGAGAAGGCCUCCGCCAUAGCCUCACUGGUCGUGUCCCAGCGGGAUCUGGGUUGCCAGGCAACAGAUGUCAUUCACCUGGACGAGGGAUUAAACACGGAUGACCCGCAGGCUGCAGACUUUUGGAAUCUUUUGGGAGGAAAAACCUCUUACAAUGGCUGUUCCGAUGACGAUCAGCAGUAUGAGACGGCGAUCACAGAAUCGAACUGUGUGUACAGGUUUCAGGGAGACAGACUCCUCCCACACGAGCAGGGCUGGGCCUCGAUGCCACGCCUGUCUCUGCUGGACUCCUCCCAGAGCCUGCUGUUUGACUUUGGCAGUGAGCUCUACUUGUGGCACGGGAAAGACGUGUCCCCCAGUGACAGGAAGCUGGCACUGCAUUUGGCUCAGCAGGUGUGGAGUGGAGAUUAUGACUACACCAACUGCAGAAUGAACCCCCUUGAUCCUUUUGGGAACAACACCCAGAUUCAGCGAAAGGGCAUGGGGCGGCCGGAUUGGGCUCUGUUUGGCCGUGUGUUUGAGCAAAACGAGACCGUUCUCUUCAGGGUGAAGUUUGCGGAUUGGUGUAAAAAGGUGGAGGAUGCGACUCCUAAUGGACAGGAACUCAAGCAGUCUUCCUGUCUCGUGGACUGUCCACCUGACACGUGGUCAUGUGAUGCCAAAGCCCUGUUUGCUGGAAAGUGUGUAUCAGGAGCAGAGCCCAUCAUUCUACAUGGUGUGAAUGUGCAGAGAGGGCGGGACUUGGUCACCCUUGGCGAUGGCCUGCAGGCAAACCUCAGCACCGUUUCUGUAGAAAGUUGGCACACUGGCAUGGGAGAAGAUUGCCGAGUGGCUUCAGAGAGCAUAGGGCAGUUACAUGAGGACAGCACGUACGCUAUACGCUGGACGUACCGCCUCAGUGCUACCGGCAUCUCUGAGGAUCAAAGUUCAGACCAGGAAAGCUCUGCCCUUUUCAUCUGGCAGGAACGGCACUCGCAGAUUAACGACCCGGACCCGUCCCUGCCCUCAUCCUUUGCGAAGGAGCCUCGGGUGAAUGUAAAGAAAGGGGAGGAGCCACCAUGUUUUCUGCAGCUUUUCCAAGGAGGGCUGGUCAUUCACAAAGGACACAGCAAACACACAGGUGACUGGCGUCUCUUUUGCGUGAGGGGUGCAGUGCCUUCAGAGGCCAAUCUGUUGGAGGUGGAGUGCUGUACCUCCAGCCUGCGCUCGCGUGGUUCUGUGCUUCUGAUAAACAUCCAGCAGGCGGCACUCUACCUGUGGCACGGCUGCAAGGCCCACGCCAGUGCACGUCAAGUCGCCAAACAUGCCGUCCAGCAGCUCAUACACACACGUCCUCCUGAGAUGGGAUUGAGCAACAGCACUCCGAACGUUCAGGAAGUAGAGGAAGGGGCGGAGCCUGCGGAGUUCUGGAAUGCUAUUGGGCCACAGGACAGGAAAGCUUAUGACUGCAUGUUGCAAGAUCCGGGCAAGUACAAUUUUACCCCCCGCCUCUUUUACCUGAGUGCCCAAUCAGGAAUGUUCAAAGGGGAGGAGUUGUUAUGCGCAUCCCGCGCGACUGGGGUCGUCACGGCGAUGCCUUUUAUUCAGGACUUCUUAUACUCCGUGCCACAGCCAGCUCUGUUCCUGCUGGAUAACUCACUGGAAGUUUAUCUGUGGCAGAGCAGCUCGGCCCAGCACUCGCAGCACCCCCACUGGGACACGGAGAGGAAAUGUGCCAUGGAGACGGCACUUCAGUACUGCAGGGAGAGAAACCCCAGACGACCUCCCAUGGCUUAUUAUCUCAAAGAAGGAGCUGAGCCUCUUACCUUCACUAAUGUUUUCCCAUCCUGGGAGGGACGCGUAACACAGGUGUCCUCAGUGCAGAAGAAGUUAACCUUAGUGCAAGAUGCAUUGGCUCUCCUCAACAGGACUCAGUUCUCUGUGCAGGAUCUUUUAAAGAGACCUUUACCAGACGGCGUGAACCCUCGACAACUCGAGACCUAUCUAUCUGAUCAGGACUUCCAGGUGGUUUUAGGAAUGAAAAGGAAAGACUACAACUCUUUGCCAGAGCUGCAGCAGUUAAACCUGAAAAAGAGCAAAGGCCUGUACUGAAGCGGUGUUUAAAAGACUACUGACCCUGAAGCAGAACUACUGGAGCAGUUUAGAUUUCUAUGUUGUUAAAAGGAAGACUUUUUGUAGUCCAUGUUUAUGAAAUAGUCCUAUUUUCUUGUAAUGUCUCCCCCCUUUCCAUGUACAGUUUAAAAACUAAUUACUGUGUAAGUGUGUGUGUGUGUGUGUGUGUGUGUAUGUUUGUAUCUUGAGUGUGGUCACUUUAGUGCCUUACAGAAAUUCAUCCAUUGAUUUUAGCCAAACAUUCAGAUAUUUAGAGAUGACUGCCUGCCUUACUCAAUCAUCAGUUUUUAAUUUGCUCUCUUACCAGCCAAAGCUUUUCAAUUUUCUUUCGUCGUUAUUCCCUUACUUCAUUUUACCAUAUUACAGUAUCUCAUGUCUAUCACUAACCCUUUUUUUCAGGCAUAGGGAAAAAGUUGUUUUACUGACCUGAAAUUAUAAAUCUGGUUCUUUUAUCAGCUGUAAGAACACAAAUAAACUGGAAUGAAAUGUU